AUGCCCAAGCAGUACAACGCACCGCCGCCAAUGUCCAUCGACCCCAACGCAAAGAUCACCGCCACCAUGCACACCAGCAGCGGGGCAAUAGUCUUCGAGCUGUUCGCGUCGGAAGCGCCCAAUACGGUGAACAACUUUGUGUUCCUGGCCCGGGAGGGCUUCUACGACGGUGUGAUAUUUCACCGCAUCAUCAAGGGGUUCAUGUGCCAGAGCGGCGACCCGGAGGGCACCGGCAUGGGCGGGCCUGGGUACAGCUUUGCGGACGAGCCCGUCACCCGGGACUAUCUGGCCGGCACCCUGGCGAUGGCCAACGCCGGGCCCAACACCAACGGCAGCCAGUUCUUUGUGGUGCACCAGCAGGCCGGCCUCCCCAAGAACUACACCAUCUUCGGACAGGCCGUGGAAGGGCUGGACGUUGUGGACGCCCUGGCGAACACCGCCGUCACCACGUCCAACACAGGGGGAGCGCUCAAAGCCCGUAGAGCCGCCGACCAUAGAUCGCAUUGA